AUGAUACAAUCACAGGUUGAUGUUAAUAAUGUCAUAUUAAAACCGAUGUUUAUCGAUAAAACAAACUUGGUGGAUGACAGUUCUGCUGAUAUAACGGAAGGCAGUUCAAGUUUAUCCCCAGAUUUCAAUUCAACUGCUUUCAAUAACAUCUUAAAGGAUUAUGAUGUUGUGGAUGAUGAUACUAUUUUACAUUAUAGUGAAGAACUUUUGAAUGAACUUAAUGAAUCUUUACAGUUGAAUUCUUCAUUAUCGAUGUUACCAAACUUCAAUAUCAACCCAACAGGGAAAGAACACGGUAAUUAUUUAAUUAUUGAUUUAGGUGGAUCAACUUUAAGAAUAUCUAUCAUUGAAAUUCAACCUGAAUCUAGUAAUAUCAACCGUUCAGAAAGAAUCAACAUCAUCAUUGAAAACAAGUGGAUCAUGGCAAAUAACGAAAAAACCAUUGAUGAUGAGUUUUUCAAAUUCAUUGGUAGUAAAAUGAUCGAAACUAUAAAUCAACAAUCAAAUAUUUCCAUUGAUGAUACCAUUAAUGUUGGUAUUACCUGGUCAUUCCCAUUAAAUCAAACAUCUCAUAAUUCAGGAAAGAUCAAUAAUGUUGGUAAAGGAUGGAUCAUAUCUGAAGAAAUCUAUAAUCAAGACUUGAAAGAUAUCUUAGAAAACUCAUUAUUGAAUAAUUUCAAUUGUAAAAUCAACGUUAAAGUUAUCAUUAAUGAUUCUUUAGCGGUUUACGCUGCUGGCAGGUUUUUGAGUUCGGAUUUAAAAUUAGCAAUGGUUUUAGGUACUGGUUAUAAUAUUUGUUGUUCAUUGAAAACUUCAAAAUUACAUCCUUUGAAGAGUUUAAACUCUGAUGCCAUUUUACUUAAUAGUGAAACUUCCUUAUUUGGUUCAAUGUUAGCACCAUUAUCUAAUGAAUUUGAUCUUGAAAUUGAUGAUAGGUUCUUAAAAGGGAAAUCUUUUAAAGCUUAUAUGGAAUUAGAUGAUAAUACUAAGAUAUUCCAACCUUAUGAGAUUAUGACAAGUGGUAGAUAUUUACCUGAAUUAACCAGAUUAUCAAUAUUGAAGUUAAUGAAGAAUAACGAGAUUUUUUCUGAUUUACUUAUACAUCCAACAAAUAAGAUAUUCACUGUUUAUGAUGGAUUUUCUAGUGAAAUCCUUUGUGUUUUCUCAGAAAACAAUUCAACAUUGAAUGAAAUCAAAGACCAAUUCAUCAAAGAAUUCGGUGAUGAUUUUAAAGAUAUAACUCUUCAUGAUUUAAUGAAAAUUCAACAACUAGUUAACUCCAUAAUCAAAAGAGCUAGUUUUAUUGUUACUAUUUCAAUCAUUUCAUUCAUCAAAUUGUUAAUUGAUCAUAAUAAUGAGACUUUCCCUAAUAAAAAGUUAACUAUAGGUUAUGUGGGAUCUAUCUUGGUGUACUUUAAUAGGUAUAGAAAUAUGAUCUUGGAAAUGAUUAAUGAUUGUGAUUAUAUUAGAAACUUAGGCAUAACAGUGGACUUAAUGUCCAUUGAUGAUAGUUCAAUCGUUGGUGCUGCCAUUGGUGCUGCUUAUUAUACAUAG